AUGCAGAAGGCAAAUUGCCCCUUGAAUCUGAUACAGGAUCAAACGCAAGCAGAGAAUUAUUACAGCCCAGGGGACCUCCUCAUUAGCGGAGUCAUAUCGACAAAACACGUUGUACAUCAAGACCCAUUCAUCUUUUCUGAGCACCCGCUCAUGACAAUUCAGACUGCACCAGGGCGAAAAAAUGUCAGAUACUGGCACAUUUUGUCUUUCGUAUUUGCCAUUUCUGAGAUCAACCAGAAUCUGAGGCUCUUAGCCAACCUCACCCUGGGCUACAACAUCUAUGAGACCCAUUUCCAUGGGAGAAUAACUUCUGACGCCAUGAUAGACCUGCUUGCUGGUGGAGCGGCACAUGUCCCCAACUACAGCUGCAGAGGAUGGAGUCACCUGGCGGCCAUCCUGGAAGGGGCUGAAUCAGACAUCUCCACCCAUAUUUCAUCCAUGUCCAGCAUCUACAAAAUCCCACAGCACGUGUUGUCCGUGAAAGGCUGGACGAGAUGCACAGAGAAAGAGGAGCUGGAGAUGCCGUCCCAGGAGGAGGUGGAGAGGACCUGGUCUCAAGACAACUACAGUAUUUACAACAGUGUCCAAGCGGUGGCCCGUGCCUUAAAUGCGGCAUAUUCAUCCCGAUCCAAAAGAAAGCUGACGGUGGGUAGAGAAGAUAGGCUGGAACUUCAAAGGCUGCAGCCAUGGCAGCUUCACACUUUCUUAAGAGAAGUCCAGUUCUCUAAUACUUCCAUGGGCGGACUGUAUCUGUAUGAGAAUGGGGAGCUGGCCGUCAACUAUGAUAUCCGGAAUUGGGUGUUUUUCCCCAAUAAAUCUUAUCGUAGAAUUACAGUUGGGAGUAUAGAGAGUCAAGCAGCCCAUGACACCAAGUUCACCAUUAACCUGGAAACCAUUGUGUGGCCCACACAGUUCAACAAGACAGUUCCUCAUUCCCGCUGUGUCGAGAGCUGUCCCCCUGGAUAUGCCAAGGAGAUCCAGGAAGGAAAACCACCUUGCUGCUACGCUUGCAUUCCUUGUGCGGAAGGGACCACCUCCACUCAGGAAGAUGCGGACCAUUGCAAAACGUGCCCAGAAGAUCAGCAGCCAAACUCAGACCAGGAUCAAUGUGUCCCCAAGGAAAUAAUCUUCCUCUCCUUUGGAGAACCAUUGGGGAUCAUCCUGGCUUCCUUUGCCCUGUUCUUGUCCUUAACCACAGGCUUUGUGUUAGGAAUCUUCAUCAAAUACUUAGACACUCCAGUCGUCAAAGCCAACAACCGGAACCUCUCCUACAUUCUCCUCAUCUCCCUCCAGCUCUCCUUCUUGUCUUCCUUCCUCUUCAUUGGCCGGCCAAGGAAAGUGACUUGCCUCCUCCGACAAACAGCCUUCAGUAUCAUCUUCUCAGUUGCUAUCUCUUCUCUCUUGGCCAAAACGAUCACUGUGGUGUUGGCCUUCUUGGCCACAAAGCCAGGGAAAAAGGUGCGGAGAUGGCUGGGGAAGAGGUUGGCCAACGCCAUUGUAAUUUCUUCUUCCAUUGUCCAAGUUGUCAUCUGCACCAUCUGGCUGGGGACCUCUCCACCCUUCCCAAACUCUGACCUACACUCCCAGCCUGGACAGAUCAUCCUGCAAUGCAACGAAGGGUCUGUUGCCAUGUUCUACGUUGCCCUGGGCUACAUGGGCUUCCUGGCUGCCAUCUGCUUCACGGUGGCCUUCCUAGCCAGGAAGCUUCCUGGGUCCUUCAAUGAAGCCAAGCUGAUCACCUUCAGCAUGCUGGUCUUCUGCAGCGUUUGGGUCUCCUUUGUGCCCUCCUACUUGAGCACCAAGGGGAAACACAUGGUAGCCGUGCAGGUCUUCUCUAUCUUGGCCUCCAGUGCUGGGUUAUUGGGCUGCAUCUUUAUUCCUAAAUGCUACAUUAUUGUACUAAGGCCUGAUCUGAAUACAAAGGAGCAUCUCAUGAUGAAAACUAAAGAUGGCAUCUGA